AUGAAAAAAGUAGUUAAAGUAUCUUUUUUAUUAAUUGUGUAUUAUAUAUUUUUGUUACUUCAUAAAGUAACAAUUUGUGUUUAUAUAGAUAUAUCUCAUUUUAACGAUGAUCUUUUUGAUAGUAUACUAAAAUCAGAUCUAUCAUAUAUGAGUAAUCAUUUGACCAUUAAUGAAAAUAAUAAAUCAAAUAAAAGAAAAAAAAGAAACGAAUCUGAUAUAGAUGAUAUUAAUAUACUAACAGACAUGUUAUCACGGAUUAUUCCAUAUAAUUUUUCAGUUUAUUCGAUAUCAGUUCCCGAUGAAAAUAUGAGUAGUUAUAAUAGUGAAAUUAAUAACUUUUUAGAUUUUGUAAACAUAUAUGAUCAUGAUAUUAAUAACACAAUUGUGCACCAUUUAAAUCAAACACAACCAAUAAAGGGAUGUGAAAAUGAUAUAAAAAAUUAUAACUGUGAUAAAGAUAUAUUAAAAUGUAUAACGUUAAAUAAGAAGGGCCUAUCACAAAGUUGCCAAAAUUCUUUAAACAAUUCAUUACUAUAUUCAUGUAUUGACGAUUCAGAACUUUUUUGUAAUGACUAUUCCAAAUUUUCAAAAAUUUAUAAAUGUUUAAAGGAAAAUUUUUUUCAAUUAGGUAACAAGUGUUUAAAUAUCUUAAGCUACUACGAAAAAAUUAUGCAAAAAUUACAUAAAAUAAAAAGUAAACCAUAUGAUAAUCAAGAUUAUUUACUUUUUGAAAAAGAAAAGAUAAAUUUUGUUGAUGGAGAUAAUAAUGUUGAUAAUACAAAUAAUUUGAAAAUUACUAUUGAAUUUAAUGAAGAUGAUAAUAAAAAACAUAUUCUUAAUGGUUCUAGUAAACAAAAAUCAAAUGUUUCAGAUAAUUUAAGAAAAGAAUAUAGUUCUAUUUUACCUUCAGUACAUCAUAAUAAUUUAGCAGAUUUCAAACCAAAAAAUUAUGUUUAUAAAUAUUUUUUAUAUUUUUUUGAAUUUUUAUUUAUUUUAUUUAUAGUAUAUAUUUUAAUAAUAUAUAUUAAGAAAUAUUAUGUUUUGAAUUCAAAUAAAUUUUAUAUAAUAAAGGAGAAAAAUAAAUUAGCUAAAUUGUGA